AUGCAGAACGACGAGAUCUACCAGGCCACUACGGCCGCUUUGAGGGCUCUUGCGAAGGGUGAUUUCCAAACCCUUGGAGAGGAACCCAAAAUCUAUUUACCUGGGCAUGACACUUUUGAGAAGCGAACCCUUGAACGAGAGCUACUUUCCCUCACCCACCGAAUCCGACAUUUAGAGGCAAAGGCCGUUGCUGCCGGUCGGAAUUUUCCAGAUACACCAAAUGAGAAUGGUGCUCCAUCAUCUCCCUUUGGUCUCGGUGCAACAGGCCAUCAUCCUUCUCCCAUCCCUAUCAAUGGUGCUUUGAUGGGCAGCCAAAGGAAUGGUGGUAGCCCCGGAAGCGAUGCCAGCGAUCAGUCCAGUCAACUCGAAGUUCUUCAUCAACAUGUGAAAUCUCAAGAGCAGGAGAUUCGAGAAAACCGGAAGAUCAUGAAGAAUUUGAUGGAGGAAGCACAGAAAGCCAAACAGGCCCCGCAAUUACCAAUAGAUGAAGCUACUAAAGUAGAGCGGCUCCAGAGGGAGCUCAAAAAAUCACAGCAGGCGAAUGAGGCUUUCUCGAAAGCAUUGCGUGAGAUUGGAGAGAUUGUAACGGCUGUGGCCAAGGGAGAUUUGAACAAGAAGGUUACUGUUCAUGCUGUAGAGAUGGACCCUGAAAUCACUACCUUCAAAAAUACCAUUAACACCAUGACGGAUCAAUUGCAAACAUUUGCCAGCGAAGUAUCCAGAGUAGCCCGAGAAGUGGGGACCGAAGGGCGGCUCGGUGGACAAGCCAAGAUCGCAGGAGUCGAGGGAACUUGGAUGGAAUUGACCAACAACGUUAACGUCAUGGCUUCCAAUCUCACCAACCAAGUGCGAGAAAUUGCGGACGUUACCACGGCUGUAGCCAAUGGUGACCUCUCCCGAAAGAUCCAUGUGCACGCACAAGGGGAGAUCCUAGAACUCCAGCAGACUAUCAACUCUAUGGUUGACCAACUUCGCACCUUCGCAUUUGAAGUCACUCGGGUGUCUCGAGAGGUCGGAAUCGAUGGCAUCCUUGGUGGACAGGCUGAAAUACGCGAGGUCAAAGGAACAUGGCGAGAGCUUACAGACAACGUUAAUGCUAUGGCUGCCAAUCUCACGGAUCAAGUCAGAAAUAUAGCUGCUGUUACCACUGCCGUCGCUGAAGGAGAUCUAACGAAGAAAGUGAGUGCAUUAUGCAAGGGAGAAAUCCUUCAACUUAAGGAGACCAUCAAUAAGAUGGUUGAUCGCCUUCAAAACUUCGCUACUGAGGUCACGAAAGUGGCUCGAGAAGUCGGAACAGAAGGCAAGCUCGGCGGACAGGCUCGUGUUGAGGAUGUGGAGGGUACAUGGAAGUCUCUUACCGAGAACGUCAACAGCAUGGCUCGUAAUCUUACCACCCAAGUACGAAGUAUCGCCUCCGUUACUACUGCCGUGGCGGAAGGAAACUUGUCGCGUAAGAUUGAUGUACAUGCUCAAGGGGAAAUCUUACAGCUUAAAGACACCAUCAACAAGAUGGUCGAGCGUUUGCAGAACUUUGCCACCGAGGUCACCAAGGUUGCUAGAGAGGUUGGAACUGACGGUAUCUUGGGAGGACAAGCCAGGGUACAAGAUGUUGAAGGAACGUGGAAGGAUCUUACCGAUAAUGUCAACAUCAUGGCCAACAAUCUUACGACACAAGUACGAAGUAUCGCCGAUGUCACCACCGCUGUGGCUCAAGGUGAUUUGAGCCGAAAGAUCACUGUGCAUGCUCAGGGAGAAGUCUUGGCCCUGAAAUCAACUAUUAAUAAGAUGGUGGACCGAUUGGAAGUCUUCUCGCGAGAGGUCAAGCGGGUGGCGAGGGAUGUGGGGAUUGAUGGUAAAUUGGGUGUGCAGGCUGAGGUGAACGAUGUCGAUGGAUUGUGGAAGGAAAUCACUAGCAAUGUCAAUACCAUGGCCCAGAAUCUUACCACCCAAGUUAGAGCCUUCGGAUCUAUCACUGCCGCCGCGGCAGAUGGGGACUUCAAUCGUUUCAUCACCGUUGAGGCUUCUGGAGAAAUGGAUGCUCUCAAAACCAAAAUCAACCAGAUGGUGUUCAAUCUCAGGGAUAGCAUCCAGAAGAAUACCGCUGCUCGCGAAACUGCAGAAUUGGCAAACAGGACUAAAUCCGAAUUUUUGGCUAACAUGUCGCACGAAAUAAGAACACCAAUGAAUGGCAUCAUCGGAAUGACACAACUAACUCUUGAUACCGAUUUAACACAAUAUCAACGAGAGAUGCUGAACAUAGUCCAUAACCUUGCCAAUAGUUUAUUAACCAUUAUUGAUGACAUCCUCGAUAUUUCAAAGAUUGAGGCAAACCGUAUGGUCAUGGAAGAGAUUCCUUUCUCAUUGCGUGGAACAGUUUUCAAUGCCUUGAAGACCUUAGCUGUUAAGGCAAAUGAAAGGUUCUUGGACCUCGUGUACUGUGUCGAUAAUGUCGUCCCAGAUCACGUUGUAGGCGAUUCUUUCCGUUUAAGACAGGUUAUCUUGAACCUUGUCGGAAAUGCCAUCAAGUUCACAGAGAGUGGGGAGGUCAAAUUAACCAUCCGACAACAUGAUCAGUCACGGUGCUCGGAUAAGGAAUAUUGCUUCGAAUUCUCUGUUUCGGAUACAGGUAUCGGAAUUCAGUCGGACAAGUUGGAUUUGAUCUUUGAUACCUUCUGUCAGGCGGAUGGAUCAACAACCAGAAAGUUCGGUGGUACCGGGCUCGGACUGUCUAUCUCGAAGAAAUUAGUCAACCUCAUGGGAGGUGAUGUUUGGGUCAAGAGUGAAUACGGCCAAGGAAGUACCUUUUACUUUACCUGCACAGUCCGGCUCGCUACUACGGACCUCGCCUUGAUUGUGCCACAACUCAAGCCUUACAGAGGACAUCAUGUUCUAUUUAUUGACAAAAACCGAGAAAAUGCCGAUAUCCCAGAAAUGUUGAAAAUGCUCGACUUAAAGUAUCAUCAUACGGUUCAGGUAGUGGAGAAUGGCCUCCAAGCCCUAGAAGCAGUCAAAAACAAGCGGUAUGACGUUAUUCUCAUGGACGUUCAGAUGCCGGUAAUGGGUGGCUUCGAGGCCACCGCAAAGAUCCGAGAAUAUGAGAAGGAUGCCGGGUUGCCACGGACACCUAUUGUUGCCUUAACGGCUCAUGCUAUGCUGGGUGACAGAGAAAAGUGCAUCCAAGCGCAGAUGGAUGAGUACCUAUCGAAACCACUAAAGCAGAAUACGCUCAUUCAGGUUAUCCUCAAGUGUGCCACCCUUGGGGGGCCGCUUCUUGAAAGAGGGACUGGAAUACUGUGUUCGAUUCCCGACGAUAGCGAGCGAGUCAGCAGAGUUAUUAAUGGCGCGACAACGCAGCUAAGGCCCAGACCCAUGCUUGAGCCGCGGGCCGCAACAGCAAAUGCGCCAAUUCCAGGUGCAAGCACCUCAAGUGCGCCCCUAGAACACGCAGAUUCAGAUACCACUGAGCGGUCUUUGUUCCGAUCCCUAAGCAGUUAGACGCGUGCCCCGAGGUGCAACCUCUUUUUUGCUCCUUUUCAUUUCUCAGUUUCUUGUUACUUUUGGAGUGGAGUUACAUGCACGGGGGAAAGGUUUGAUGAAGUCCUGUUUGCAUUUAUCUUGCGAGCGAAUGAGCCUUUCCCGUCGCUGCGGGACAUCGUCGGUAGGGGUUCUUCAUUUUCUGCACUUUAAAAUCAUGGCAUACCUUAUUUCUCCCUUUUUUUUUGGUCUACUAUGAUGGUUACCUAUGAGUUUUCCUACUUAUCCAUUUAUUGGAGAUGGUGAAAAUGGGCGGAUGGCAUGAUUGCCCCCCCUUUUUCGUCCUUUAGCCCUUCCUCCCUCCGCGAUAUCUAGUCACAGUGGGUUGGAGAUGUUGAUGACCUAUCCGAAGAAAAUCCCGGAGGUCAAUCCAUAUAUUUUUACUGUUUUAAUUAUCCUUUUGUUAUUUGCUGCUACUUUUAAGGUCUGAUUUCGGUUCGGUCCGGUUGCUUCCCUUAUUCUAUUUUCAAUUUCAUCUGGGCUAGUACAGGUAUUUUUUAUUUUAUUUUCUAUUUUCCCUUCCCCAUUACUUUCUCAAUAUACCUUAUUGCUUGCUUACCACCGCUUCAUAUCCGAAUUUGUUCUUAUAUUCGUUGUUGAUUCUUUCUCUUUCCCUUUUUUUUUUUUUUCCUUCGCUAUACCAUCCAUCUGCCCCAUCUACCAAUUCCUUUAUUUUAUCUCCUAAUUUCAAUGAAUAGCCAUCCUUUUC